AUGCCAUACAACAUCACCAUCGACCACACCAACACUGCCCACAGUUCGGAUCACUCCGAUCAUUCUGAUCACUCUUCAUCAUCAUCAGUGACAGACGACGAAGACUCUACGGGUACUGGUGUCCAAGUGCGCCCAAGAUCAGUCGUCGAGGGUCACGAGUAUUCUGACCCCGUUGAAGAGCAAGACGGCAGCUGGAACGUGGUAUACCGUGACGAGAUCGGUCCAUCGGAUUCCGCAUCAAGGCCUCGGACCUCCAAUCAGCAACGCCCUUUUGUGGAAGCGCCACGACCGGAGGAAGCACGACGUCCAUCUUUCCGUCGUCACAUAUCCCGCGAGCCUGCGCGCCACCUCCCACAUCCUAGAGCGCAUCGAUCACCGCCGUCGGAGCCGCCUGAAAGUGUGGACCCCCACGAAGAAUGGCAGGGCUACGCCCGAGGCCCACCGCAGCAUUAUAGCCGUCCUUAUGCCCACUAUGCCCCAGGCUACCCUCAUCACGCCUAUCAAGCCUAUCCAGCUCCAAGUGCCGUACCCGGAGGCCUACAGCAAAUAGUCCCUUACGGCUUCUCCCCAUACCAAGCCCCUACCGGUGGACCUGCGUCCUCCUAUUUCGCGCAUGGGCAUCAUGGGGGGCCAAGCCAUGAGAUGAUUCCCCAUGCUCCAAGUGCAGGGUACUUUCCAUAUGGUCCACAAGGAUAUCAAAUGCCCAUGCCCAUGCCCAUGUCUCCGCCCGUAGUCUACCCUGCUUAUGGUGGUAUGUAUGCACACCCGCCAACUCCACAGGCUCCGCCAGCUCCACCAGCUCCAGCAGCGACCACCCCGCCUCCCCCACCUCCGCCGCCUCCUCCACCGUCUACGUCGGAUACUUCCAAAGACGAUGAGAAAUUUGCUCGCCUCGAGAAGCUUUUUUUGGACCAGAAAGCAGAGCAACAAGAAAAGGCAGCCGCAGCCGAGAAAGCCGCAAACGACAAAGCUGCUAAGGCUGAAGCCGAUUCAAAUAAAGCCAAAGAGAUUGCGGCGGCUUCGGCGGCGGCAGCGGCAGCAGCAAAAGAGGAGGUCGAGAAGGAAUAUCAGGCUGCUGCAAAGGACAAAGCUGCUAAGGCUGAAGCCGAUGCCAAAAAAGCGGAAGAGAUUGCGGCAGCUUCUGCGGCGGCGGCGGCAGCAGCAAAAGAGGAGUUCGAGAAGGAACACCAGGAUGCUAUAAAGGCCAAAGCUGCUAAGGCUGAAGCCGAAGCCAAAAAAGCGGAGGAAAUUGCCGCCGCCGUAGCCGCAGCAACUGCCACUGUCAAACCAUCAUCUCCACCAAAGACAAAGGACAAACCUAUCAAAUUCAAGGAUGCUAUUGGGAGAAGAUUCAACUUUCCUUUUGAUGUUUGCAAUACGUGGUCGGGUAUGGAGUACUUGAUCAAGGAAGCUUUUCUCCAUGUUGCCGACUUGGGCCCACAUGUGGCUGACGGUCAAUAUGACCUACUCGGUCCGAAAGACGAGAUCAUCAUGCCGUCCAUCUGGGAGUCAGUGGUCGAGCCGGGCUGGGAGAUAACAAUGCACAUGUGGCCUAUCCCGGAGGCGCCUGAAGGAGGAGACGCUCUAGCAGGGGCAAUGGCUGAUGUUGUCAUUGUGGAGCCAGAAAAGAAAGGCAAGAAAAAAAAAGAAAAGAUCCCGCCAUUCAUGAUCUGGACCGCGGGCAAGUCAAACAAGGGCCGAGGGAACGCUAAAGGCAAGAAGAAGUGA